CUAUAUUGUGAUUCUUGCAUGUAGAAGACUCACAAAAAAUUUUGAAAUGCAAUGAUAAUGAUAAUAAUCAUCAAAAUUGAAUAUUAGAUACAAUAUUUGUUAAGGUAUAUUUAAAUUCAUUGUAAGUAGAUCAUGUGAUUUCAUUAUUUCAUUUAGAAUCAUAAUUUCUCAAGUCCCUGGGGUCUUCUUACUGUCGCAUAUCUAACAGAGAAUAGCCGAAGUGAUAUUGGUUUCGAGUCGAUGGUGUAAUUUUUAUUAUGUCCAAUAUUCAAGGAAAUAAUCCAUCGCAACCUCUUGAUAAUUUAAAUGAAAAUAUCACUUCGUUAGAACCAUCAAAUCCUUAUUCUUCAGGGAGUGACGCUGGAUUCAGCUCAAGUACAACCGACGGAGCUAACGUUACACCGAUUUAUUCUACAACAAGUAGACUCGUCACAAAUUCAGGAGCUUCGAUUCCACUUAGUGAAAACAGUAGUAAUAAUAACAAUACUAAUUCAGAUACCAAUAACAACAGUCGCAGUAGUACUAGAAAUCAUACGAACAAUCUCAACGAUAGUAACCCUUCUAAUAAUUACAAUUAUAUUAACAACGUGAAUGCCAUUAGCAAUAACAGAAAUACAAUGAAUGUUCCUUUAUUGGGAGUUCGCGAUAGAUUAUUUCAUGCCAUAUUUUUUAAGGCGUCUGUAACAUAUGCACGAUCUGUUCCGUCUUCAGUUCGAAGAGUCAUAGAAUUCCUCAUUUUAUUAAAAGCGGUAACGGCUUUUUUCAUGUUAAUAUAUGUUCAUACAACGUUUAUACAUAAGCCAACCGAAUGUUUGAGUCAUUUGAAGAACACUUGGCCAAAAGAUGGCAUUCUUAGAGUAGAAAUUUUGAGAAAUGGUGGUGCGGAGUAUACUAUUGAAAAUUCAUACGCAAAAGAAAGACGAAUCGAACAGCAACGUUUUAAUGAAAUGAAUCUUUUAUUAACAACUUUUAAAUUUCCGAUGGAAUGGCCUAGCGAAGUACACCUGGAAUCUUCGUUGGACGAAGAUACCCCAUUUCAAGAGACAGACAAUAAAGAUAAGGACAAAGAAGAAGUGUUAUUUGCUGAUGAACCUAUUGAAAACAUAUCUUCUGUCGCGUGGAUUGACGGUAACAAAAGCUUAUUCAGUUCGGCGUGGGACGACAUCAGCCAAUUUGGUGGAACUCAAGAUUUUUCAAGAGAUAAAGAUUUUGAAAGUGAUAUUGGUGCAAAUGGACAGUUCAACGAAACGUUACUCCAAUCAUCAAGUGCUUCCAAAGACACGACUGAAAAAAGUCAGUCCCAUCGCACGUCUUCUCCUUUGAAAGAGUCUGUAUCAGAAAUGGAAAAAUUAGUAAGAGCAGUGUGGCCUGAAGAAGAAUACAUUUUGGAAUUUUCAUUGGAAUACGGGUUUUUAAGAUUAUCUCCUCAAACUCGAGAAAAGCUAAAGAUACCUGUGAAAAUAGUUACGCUAGAUCCGACCAAAGAUACUUGUUUCGGAGAUGAUGUAACUCGUUUCAUUCUUGAACAUUUUAUUGGUUACGAUGAUUUACUGAUGGUCUCUAUCAAGACUCUCGCUGAAAAAGAAAAUAACAAAGGUUUUCUCCGAAAUGUUGUUACUGGAGAACAUUAUCGAUUUGUUACGAUGUGGAUGUCGCGAGCAUCUUAUUUGUUUGCUUUUGGAAUGAUGAUAGUAUUUACUCUUUCUCUUACCAUUUUAUUAAGAUAUUCUCACCAUCAGAUUUUCAUUUUCAUCGUUGAUUUAUUACAAAUGUUGGAAUUCAACUCAGCUAUAUCAUUUCCGGCUGCUCCUUUGUUAACAAUUAUUUUGGCGUUAAUCGGUAUGGAAGCGGUAAUGUCUGAAUUUUUCAAUGACAAUACGACGGCUUUCUAUAUCAUUGUAAUUGUGUGGAUAUCUAACCAAUACGAAGCGGCUUGCUGUUAUAGACCUAUAACGAAAAAACAUUGGGUUAGAUUUUUCUACCUGUAUCAUUUCUCGUUUUAUGCGUAUCAUUAUCGAUUCAACGGGCAAUACAGUGGAUUGGCUCUCAUCACGUCUUGGCUGUUCAUCGAACAUUCGAUGAUCUAUUUCUAUCACCAUUACGAAUUACCCUUCGUACUACAACGUCAUAAUUUGCAGCAGUUCAUUAUGGCCCAGCAAACAGCGGCAACUAACGAUUCGGUAUCAUUUUUGAAUCGAGCCGAUCGUCGUAAUGAAGACGAUAGUAAUACGCGAAACGCUGCUGGUAGACCUAACAAUGGCGGUGGCAAUGCAGCCGUCAGCACCGGCGCUGGUUCAUCUUCUGCGAACGAAGAUGUAUCCGUCGAGUUGAGAUCGCAGAAUGAAAUGCAAUCCAUAUUUUCAAACAUCACCAGACGACUGUUGUUUCGACGUCGACCGCACAAUAACGUACCGACGCCGGAGACUUCGGAUAGUAUAACUCAAACGUCAGCGUUUUACGCCGACCAACAAGUGACCACCGGUCAGUACGUGAACGAAGAACAGGGUGCUUUAUUCGGCCCUCAACAAGUACACGAACAACUGAUGGAGGAUAUCGGUGCCAAUGGUCGUGGCCGCGAUUCGCACAAGACCGCCGUUAACGCGAUGAGUUCGUCCUUCAGUCCUGAUAUUAUCGCGUCCACUUCGAAAAGUGUCGUAUCUAGUCCGGACGUUGUGACUUCAUCGUCUACGGAAAAAACAGCGGCUACCGUGGCCAGUACGGCGACAGAUUACUCUCAAAAUCGAACUCAAACGACGAUUAAUUCAUCAGCAUCGUCUAACAACCUAUUAAAUAAACGAUGUUUGUCCGAUGAAAAUCCAAACAACGAUGUAAUUAGAACGCAAAACGACGACGAUACCGGUGUCCGAUUGGAACCGGCGAAUAUGUCGUAAUGGCGAACGAUCGUUUAUUUUGUGUGCGUGGUUUUUUUUCGCCCAUUUUAUUUAUUGUUAUUAUUAUCAAACAUUAUUAUCAUUAUUCAAUUGUUCGAGAAAAGCUUAAUACUGUACUGCGAAUCGUAAUUAUAUUUACGCUUUUAUCUAUGUCCUUUGCAAUACACCUCUUGCAAAAUGUUUUUUAGCAAAUAAGAAAACUAGUCAUUUAUGGUAUUACCGUAAAGAAAUUUCCCUCAAUCUGUCGAUACCUAUCUACAUUUCGUCUUUUUAUCUUUUCGUUUUUUUUUUUUUUUUUUUUUUUUUUAAAUCAUCAACCUACGACGACUGGUUACUCCACGAAUGCGGAUGGAUAAUUCAUGAAAGAAUCCUGCUAUCGCGAUGUCCAUAGCGUUAUGCUUAGGUACUUUACUUAGUGUUUUGAAUGCAUGUUGAUUAAAAUUGAUGUUACCAGCAGCUUUAAUACCUAGUUACAUAUUUUGUUAUAUAUCUUAUUAAAUGUGGGGAAAACUUUUAAGCAAAGCUUUUAAAUGUUGCGGUUUUUUCACAGUAGGUAACUACAGUACUGUACUUGCUUCGAUGAAAACCUUAUCAGUGAUUAGUUGCUAAUGAAAAGUUCUUGGUAACUGAUCUCAUGUUUUUUCUUAUUUUCUUUUCUUUUUUCUUUUUUUUCAUUUAAAUAAAUGUGUCUUUUUUCUUUUAUUUUUUUAAGCCGGUGCGAUGUGCGAGUUAUUCUAAUUGAAAAGUUGUUUUGUUAAAAUUGAUGAUACUUAUACAUUUUUUUUUUAUUA